AUUUUCUUCGAAAUUCAUGUGGUUUUUUUCUUUCCACUGAUAUUCUCUGGAUCUUUAAAGAAAUUCCGAAUCAUGGGUUUGGUUCUUCUGGUUACGACUCUCUCAAAGUUCAAAUCUUUCCUUAAAAAGGAUUAAACUUUUUUUCCUUUUGGUUCUGAAUAAUCCAAAAUCAAGCUUUGGCCUUCAAUGGUGGCUAUGUUUCAAGAAGAUAAUGGAACAUCUUCUGUAGCUUCAUCACCACUUCAAGUCUUCUCAACUAUGUCUCUCAAUAGACCGACUCUCCUCGCUUCUUCAUCACCGUUUCAUUGUCUCAAAGAUCUCAAACCUGAGGAGCGUGGUCUCUACUUAAUCCACCUCUUGCUAACUUGCGCCAACCACGUGGCUUCAGGUAGCCUCCAAAACGCUAACGCAGCGCUCGAGCAGCUCUCUCACCUCGCUGCUCCUGACGGCGACACGAUGCAGCGUAUAGCUGCUUACUUCACCGAAGCGCUCGCUAACAGAAUCCUUAAGUCCUGGCCUGGUCUCUACAAGGCUCUUAACGCAACUCAGAUAAGAACCAACAAUGUCUCUGAGGAGAUUCAUGUUAGAAGACUCUUCUUUGAGAUGUUCCCGAUACUCAAAGUCUCUUACUUGCUCACUAAUCGAGCUAUACUUGAGGCUAUGGAAGGAGAGAAGAUGGUUCAUGUGGUUGAUCUCGAUGCUUCUGAGCCAGCUCAAUGGCUUGCUUUGAUUCAAGCUUUUAACUCUAGGCCUGAAGGUCCACCUCAUUUGAGAAUCACUGGUGUUCAUCAUCAGAAGGAAGUGCUUGAACAAAUGGCUCAUAGACUCAUUGAGGAAGCAGAGAAGCUCGAUAUCCCGUUUCAGUUUAAUCCUGUUGUGUGUAGAUUAGACUGUUUAAAUUUAGAACAGUUGCGGGUUAAAACAGGAGAGGCCUUGGCCGUUAGCUCGGUUCUUCAAUUGCAUACCUUCUUGGCCUCUGAUGAUGAUCUCAUGAGAAAGAACUGCGCUUUACGGUUUCAGAACAACCCUAGUGGAGUUGACUUACAGAGAGUUCUAAUGAUGAGCCAUGGCUCUGCAGCCGAGGCACAUGAGAAUGAUAUGAGCAACAAUGGGUAUAGCCCGAGUGGUGACUCGGCCUCAUCUUUGCCUCUACCUAGUUCAGGAAGGACUGAUGGCUUCCUCAAUGCAAUUUGGGGGUUAUCUCCAAAGGUCAUGGUGGUCACUGAGCAAGACUCAGACCACAACGGCUCCACACUAAUGGAGAGGCUUUUAGAAUCACUCUACACCUACGCAGCAUUGUUUGAUUGCUUGGAAACAAAAGUUCCAAGAACGUCUCAAGAUAGGAUCAAAGUGGAGAAGAUGCUCUUCGGGGAGGAGAUCAAGAACAUCAUAGCCUGCGAGGGAUUUGAGAGAAGAGAAAGACACGAGAAGCUUGAGAAAUGGAGCCAGAGGAUCGAUUUGGCUGGUUUUGGGAAUGUUCCUCUUAGCUACUAUGCGAUGUUGCAGGCUAGGAGAUUGCUUCAAGGGUGCGGUUUUGAUGGGUAUAGAAUCAAGGAAGAGAGCGGGUGCGCAGUGAUUUGCUGGCAAGAUCGACCUCUAUACUCGGUAUCAGCUUGGAGAUGCAGGAAGUGAAAGAACAUGAAUGAUAUGUACACUUUGUGUUAUCUUUUGUUUAUGAGCAGAGUCCCUUUCUUUUGUAUACAUAGGGACACAAUCUUAGUUGUUUUGUGAUUGUGACUUCCUGUCUCUUUAUUCUAUUUUGGCAAAUGCUUCUACUGCCUCUGCAUAUAAAGCCUUUCUAGUUUU